AUGAAUCCUGGUCCACCUAAUUAUCCGAUGGCAUCUCUGUAUGUCGGAGAUUUGCACUCCGAUAUUACUGAGGCCAUGUUGUUUGAAAAAUUUUCAACUGCUGGUCCAGUUCUUUCUAUACGCGUCUGCCGCGAUAUGAUAACUCGUAGAUCCCUAGGCUAUGCUUAUGUAAAUUUCCAGCAGCCCGCCGAUGCGGAACGGGCUCUGGACACUAUGAAUUUUGAUAUGAUUAAGGGAAGACCUAUUAGAAUCAUGUGGUCCCAAAGAGAUCCUUCCCUACGCAAGUCUGGCGUGGGAAAUGUUUUUAUUAAAAAUCUUGACAAGACUAUUGACAACAAGGCUAUGUAUGACACUUUUUCUGCAUUUGGGAAUAUUUUAAGUUGCAAAGUAGCUCAAGAUGAAACUGGAGCCUCUAAGGGUUAUGGGUUUGUCCAUUUUGAAACUGAGGAAGCAGCUAACAAGUCCAUUGAAAAAGUUAACGGAAUGCUUUUAAAUGGAAAGAAAGUUUAUGUAGGCAGAUUCAUUCCCCGCAAGGAACGAGAAAAGGAACUUGGUGAAAAGGCAAAACUAUUCACCAAUGUCUAUGUAAAGAACUUUGGAGAAGAUUUUAGUGAUGAAAUGCUUAAGGAUAUGUUCGAAAAGUAUGGCCGCAUUACAAGCCAUAAAGUAAUGUAUAAAGAAGAUGGAGCCUCUAGAGGUUUCGGAUUUGUUGCAUUUGAAGAUCCAGAUGCAGCUGAAAGAGCUUGUAUGGAAUUAAAUGGCAAAGAACUUGUUGAAGGAAAACCUCUGUAUGUAGGACGGGCUCAAAAGAAGGCAGAACGUCAAAAAGAGUUAAAACGUAAAUUUGAGCAACUGAAAUCUGAGCGAUUGACCCGUUAUCAAGGUGUUAAUUUGUAUGUAAAGAAUUUGGAUGAUACUAUUGAUGAUGAACGACUUCGAAAGGAAUUUGCACCAUUUGGAACAAUUACUUCAGCCAAGGUUAUGUUAGAAGAUGGACGUAGUAAGGGUUUUGGAUUUGUUUGCUUCUCGUCACCUGAAGAGGCUACAAAAGCUGUCACUGAAAUGAAUGGGCGUAUUGUUGGAACUAAACCACUCUAUGUAGCAUUAGCCCAGAGAAAGGAGGACCGCAAAGCCCAUUUGACAUCUCAAUACAUGCAAAGAAUGGCUAGUAUGCGCAUGCAACAGAUGGGUCAAAUAUUCCAACCAGGUGGUGCUGGAGGUUACUUUGUGCCCACUAUUCCACCAACGCAGAGAUUCUAUGGCCCAGCACAGAUGACCCAAAUAAGACCUUCCCCUCGUUGGACUGCACAGCCACCAGUCAGACCAAGCUCUCAAAAUGCGGCAUCAGGUUAUCCUAACAUGCAAGCACCUUUCCGACCAGCUCCUAGAGCACCUACUCAAGCAGCUCUGCGUACAUCCCUUGGAGCUCGUCCCAUUACAGGUCAACAGGGUGUAGCCACUGCAGCUUCUAUUCGUGCUCCACUUGUAACUCAGAGUGGACGCCCAGCAGGAUACAAGUAUACAGCAAACAUGCGUAACCCACCAGCUCCACAACCUGCUGUGCAUAUUCAAGGUCAAGAACCAUUAACAGCUACUAUGUUAGCUGCUGCACCUCUUCAAGAGCAAAAGCAAAUGCUAGGUGAACGUUUGUUCCCACUGAUUCAACGAAUGCACCCAGAUUUGGCUGGCAAAAUUACUGGCAUGCUGCUAGAGAUAGAUAAUUCAGAACUUCUUCAUAUGUUAGAACAUGGGGAGUCUCUCAAAGCUAAAGUUGAUGAAGCUGUGGCUGUACUGCAAGCCCACCAGGCUAAGCAGCAAGCUACUAAAAAAGAGUAA